UAUUCUCUCCACGCGUCAUCUGCCUUGCCUUGUCGUAUCAGAGCAGCGUAAGCCCGCUGUUAUUGUAAUAAAGCUUACCAUUGGUCUCCAGGGCCCUGCGCACUACGUGGGAGGAUGUCCUAACACUGACAGUGGUUUCAUUCGGUCUUGUAUUGCGUCUUAUUUAGUCGACUCCAGGAAAGCAUGUGAAGCUGGUAAGAAUCGGCAAAACGUGGCCAAUAUUUGAACAAAACUUGAUCUAGGAAUGUCUACUCUGAAUGUCUCACGGAAGUCGGGUUACGUACAUUUAUUUACAGUACUAAUACUUCUAACAUCAAUGCCCUUAGUACGCAAUGUUGAGAUCAAUGCUGCAUCCUUUCAACUCCCGGCACCGCCUUUUCUAACUGGUAACUUAGCAAGCAACAAUGUUCUGACACAGGCGGAGAGACUUCAUGAGGGUGUAGUGGGCACUCCAGGAAGUUUUGUUAUGCAUGGCGAUGCUAUCUACACUAUAACCAGAGAUGGGAUGGUAGUCAACAUAGCACCAUGCAGACCACUGGUAGUGGCAACUUUAGCUCCAAGGGGCUGUCAAGCACCCAAAGAAUGCGGAUUUCUAAUAAGCAUCCAAAUGAAUGCAGACAAUAUGUUAGUUGUGCUCGACGCCUACAGAGGACUGUAUGAAGUGAACCCUAAGACAGGGUCUUCCAGACUCAUCUAUGAUGCCAAGUCUUUAGUAAACGGCAGGCCAAGUAUCUACCUCAACGAUAUCGUCUUCAUGCCCGGUGGUACAAUCAUCAUGAGCGACUCCAGUCCUACGUUUGACUACGCCAAUGAAUUUUGGAUACGUUUUGAAGGCCGUCCCGAUGGCAGGUUGCUAGGGUUUCAUCCUGGUAAUGGACAAGUCAAGGAGAUUCUUGCCGGUUUGGCUUAUCCAACGGGGCUGGAGAUUACAACUGACGGACAGGCGCUACUAGUAGCAGAGGCAGGAAGGGCCAGGAUACUUAGACUCGAACUGGCCAAAGAGAAGUUCUUCCAAAAGUCUGUCUUUACUGAAAAUCUGCCUGGAAUGCCCGAACACAUCAGGAGAACAAAACGGGGCUCUUACUGGGUGGGCCUGACCUAUCCCAGAUACCAAGGAGAAGUGUCAAUCAUGGACCAGUAUUCCAACUCUCCCACCUCCAGGAACUUCCUGGCAAAGAGAAGACCAGUUGAUCAGCUGAUAUUGAUGUACACUAGAAAAGGGAUAGCCGUGGAACUUGACGUCACCGGAAAUGUUGUCAGCAGUAUCCAAGAUGCCGAUGGGCUAAGGGUGAAGGACGUCUGUGAGGUGGUUGAAUCCGAUGGUGUUCUCUACGUAGGUACCAGGGACCAGAAUGUCGUACUACGUGUGAUCAAAAGUGCAGUGGAUCUCACAGUAGGAACCAGUCUCCAGGUAUUGAGAAGCCGAUGUCAGUUUAUAGAUAACCAAUUUAAUGCGGCUAAAGCCGCUUUAGAGCAGCAAUUUUCAUCCAGGAAGGGUACACUAGAACAAAGUCAAUUUCUGGCCAGUAUGUUAACUUCAAACAGCUUUGGCGCCAUGUUGCAAAACUACAUACAACAGCAGCAAAUAGCGCACGCGGCCAACGCAAAACCUCCCAAUUCUCUCAUUGCUAGUAGAUCUAACAGAUUGGCCUCUAUACGUCAAGGCUUAGCGCAUCUUCAAAACACUCUAUUGAGACCAAGUAAUGGGCAUCAGCGUCCAGUAGCCAAGCCUCAGCAAGCAGCAAGCGAUGACCCAUUUCUCCCUGUGGGUAUGAACUUCAACAAUUACGUCACUCCGGCAAAGAACAUCCCUCAGAGUGAUACGUCCGCACCAGGACACGCACGAGACCCCAACAAGUCGUCGCCCACAGCCCCUUUUGUAGUCCACAGAAUGGAGAACGGUCAGUUGGUCACUCACGUUCUGGUUGGUAACGAUUUUAAGUUGCAGAGCCAGCCACCGCAAACGUCUCCAAAACCAACCACUGCUUAUCUGCCCAUGACCUUGCAGACUUUAAAACAUCUUUUCCCAACAGUACCCCCACCUGUUAGAUCGGCCGAGGUCAUACAGCAAGGCUACAACAGCCCUCAGAGAAUGUCACAGCACAUUCCUUCAACCAAACAGCACAAUGAUAACCUAGGCGCUCUUGGUGGAUUUUUUGAAUUCAUCAGUGGAGUAACAGCCCCUGCCAAGGGAAAGGAAAAUUACCCAUUUGACGAAUCGACUCCGUCUGUUCCCUUGCCUGAUCACGCGCCUGUCAUCCACGCGGAAAACCCUUACUUCUUGGGGCCGUCUCACUCAGAAGCUCAUAACAAUACUCCUUCGGAAUAUGGCGUGAGCCAUCCUAAAAAAACAGCCAUGAACAUUGAACAGAAUCAAAUGUUUCAUCCCCCAGAGAGGUCUGAAGUACCACAACCUAACGGUCCUAGCAAUGCAGCUAAAAGUUCUUUACUGAGGCAGGGAUUUGAAAUACUUCAGCAGUACUUCAAAACGGUGAAACCCAGCCAGCAAACUGUACAGCCAAACAUCAAAAACCAGUCGGAUGUACACAGUAUAACCCAACCCAAUCCUGCUGUCAGAGCGCCAGUCGUUACAAAUACCCAAGAAGUGCCAGUCUUAACUAAUGCUCAAGAAGCCCAAGGGUUGGCUAAUACUCAAGAAGCCCUAGGCUUAGCUAAUACCAAGGAAGUGUCAGGCUUAGCCAAUACUCAAGACGCGCCGUCAUUAUCUAACACUCAAGAUGUGCUAGGCUUAGCCUCUAUACAUGAUAAUCAAAAAACAAUACCUACUGCUUCUAGCCUUGAGAGACCACUUGAUUUUACUACAGUUAAUGGCAUUGUGAAACCAGGUCAGCGGAUCUCCUAUUCUAGCGCUGCUUCUAUUCACCCUAACCAACCGAUGAAUGACGUAGCUCCCGAAGAAACAGGUCGAAAUAUUAAUCAUUUGUCCCCGACACGUUCGACCUCGAUGACACAAAAUGCAAGAGAUUCUCCAAGCGAAGCGCCUCCAGAAAGCAGUUACAUUAAAAUCGUACAGGGCCCUGGCAAAUACAUCUUCAUACCUCUGACACAGACCACUUUAAUGCAGGCACUGAAAGGCGUAGCUGCUAAUGAGAAUUUCAACAUUCCGAACAUGGAAUCUCAUCGAUCCAUGUCAAACAUGGAAUCUCAUCGACCCAUGUCAAACAUGGAAUCUCAUCGGCCCAUGUCAAACCUGGAAUCUCAUCGGCCCAUGUCAGACAUGGAAUCUCAUCGGCCGUCAAUAGUCCAACCGAUGGAAGGGCUAUUCACACAGCCACAGCCUUCAGCAACAUCAGCCAAUGAACAACAGGAGUGGUCCAGAAAUAGCAUGCAUUAUAACUAUCCUCCUAUGAGCAACAGAAGAAACAGCAUGAACUCACGAAUGGCGGAACAUCAAUUCACUAACCAAGCACCCCGUUGGCAAUAUGAAGAUGUCUCUCCAAACUCUGGCUUCCCCGGCAACUAUCAAGUAGGUCCACCACCAGAUAUUUGGCCUACAAGCGACGGACCUUCUUAUACUAGGCCUUAUUACCGUGGGCCCAUGCAGCCUAGGACCACCAACAGUUUUCCUUCGCGUUCCUGGACCACCCACUCUCAGCCCACUUGGAGGGAGAAUACAUAUUCGACGCCGUCUUGGUCGGUAAACAAUUCAAAUAUGUCAGAAACAACGUACUCGGAGGCUCCACCCAGGUGGACAUCUGGCUACACGACACGUUCUGACUCCUGGCCUAAUUACUCGGGCAAUAGUCACACCGCCAGCUACACUCAUAAUGAACAUUACGUCACGCCACCUGUAAGGACACCCCAACAGCAGCCCCUGGACAUUGCCUCUAACAACACAGAUUAUUCUAUGACCUCUUCACAGUUCACCAACUCAUCAUCACCUACUUCACAGAGCUACAGGGAUACCUCCAUACAUACACAGAGUGAUCCUAACCAACAAUAUCAAAACCAAGCUUACAUAACAGAAUGGCAAGUUCCGGCCAAGAAGUAAAAAAAAAAAAAAAGCAUCACUCAUAUUUAGACAUUUACAAUCUCAAACAAUUUACUGUAGCAAACUUUUAGCACGCUUUUGGAUUACGUCAUUGCUACAUUUUUUUCAAAGGGAGUUGAAGAGUGCAUAAAUAAUGAGUGUAAAAUGCACAGUCCUAAAUAUAAAUAUGUAUUCGACAUUGUGGAUAUAACUUUAGGCCUAAUUAUAUUAACACACAAAAUAAGUCCAGCAAAAGAAAAGCUAACACUGAAAAAUUUAUUAAUAUGUGAAGCAAUAUUCAUCAUCAUGAAGACCAAUUUUUUCGUUCUUGUAAAGACGUUUUAUUGUAUUUUAUUAAAUACAUUUUUCUAACAUUGUUUGCUUGUUGUUUGAUGGUACAAAGCGUACAUAAACUCUGUCUAUCAGGUACAAAUUAUAAACACUUUAUUUCUCCACAUUCCCAUUCUUGAAUCAAGGAGAAACAUUGCACAAUUAUUCAUUGUUCGAAAAAAAAAAAACACUAUUAGUUAAUUAAAAAGUGGCAAUUAAUUAAUUUUGUUUGAUAUCGAAAAAGGGAAAAAAUAAUAAUAAGGCUUAUAUUGAACAAGGGGAAAAAAUAGUAUGUAACAGAUGUAGCGGCAUAAGCUGAAUUAGUUCUCUUUAUACUUUGUGUAGAGAAUUAGGUCGUCGCUUACAAGUUUAAAACUAACAAAAGAUAGCUAUGACACAUAUUUUCAUAAGCAUUUCGCUAGUACAGUGGUUAGUGCUUGAGUUCUGGAGUUCACGUCGGUAGGCCUAUAACAUUUUUUUUUUAUAAAAUACAUUUUAAAAGAUACUCUCUUCUCCCCUUAUCUAACUGGUCCGGACUAGGGAUAGGAUCACAAGAGCAUCGAGAAAGCAUGCAAUUGCGCUAUACUAAAAACAAUUGGUCAAAAUAUUUCUAAUCGCACAUAUUUAUUAUUGUUAGUCUAGAUCUACUACAAAUUUAAUUACACAUGAUCCAAACUCAUUGAUACAAUUACACAUAAUAUAAGCUGUGUUUUUGUUUCUUAAAAGUAGGCCCUAUUUUUUUAUUUUUUUUAUUUUGCUUGUUAUUAGUCAUGAUUAGUCUUAACUUUUCUGUUGUUUUCAUUAUGUUGUUAUUGUAUUUAAAUGUGUAAACAUCGGUUGUUGUUGUUUUUAAUUAUUCCAAUAAAAUCAAUAGAACCACAAAGUUAA